GAGAAACACUCAUUUCUUUCCUCUAAUUCUUCAACUUGUUACACAUUAUUGUUCAUAAUAUUUAUGAUUCGGUUUAUAUCAGCAAUAUGGAAGAAGCACUAGCAAGAAGACUUGUUCUUUAGGCUUUUAAAGAUAUGCAGCUUGCCAUUGAUUAUUGCUUAUUCCAGCAUAUAAACUUUCAAAGAUAUGUUUUAACAGGCGAGCUACUUGGAUUUGAGAAAAAGAUUCCACCUUUUGCAAAUACCACUGGUUAUGACAUUCUGAAAGGUGUUAACUAUGCAUCUAGUUCGGGUGGAAUUCUUUACGAGACUGGCAAAAAAACAGCGAUUAAUAAUAUCUACUUGGGAUUACAAUUACAAAAUCACAAAAUUACAGUGUCCAGAAUUGUUGCCGAGCUUGGCGGUUUGGCACAAGCCAAAGAUCAUCUCUCAAAGUGCUUGUAUUAUGUUUAUAUGGGCACCAACGAUUACGCACUAAAUUAUUUCCAACCACAACACUAUUCAACAAGUAAACAGUAUAACCCUACCGAAUAUGCUCAACUUCUUAUUGACCAAUUAUCCAAUUAUCUACAGGUUUUGCAUAACAAUUAUGCAAGAAAACUUGUGCUAGUCGGGUUGGAUAAAAUAGGUUGCUCACCACUUGCCAUUUCUGAUGAAGGGAAACCUAUUGGAUCAUGUGUUGAAGAACAGAAUGAUGCUGCAUUAAUAUAUAGUCAGAAGCUUAAAUCUCUUGUGGAAGACUUCAAUUCCCUAGUUCUUUAUUCCAAAACUAUCUUCAUAAAUACCACGGCUUUAGUCCCUGACAGCUCCGUUGGUUUUACUGUUACAGAUAGAGCUUGCUGUUCCUUAAAAGCUAAUGGAUUCUGUUUUCCUGACUCAAUACCAUGCACUAAUAGAAAUGAAUACGUUUGGUUUGAUGGAAUUCAUCCCACAGAAGCUGUGAACAACUUUGUUGCAUUAGCUGCGUACAACAGUGCUGAUACUCCAGAUGUGACUUAUCCGUUGGAUAUCAGCCAACUUGCUGAGUACGUUACUGGAAAGGGGACUUAGUCAGAAUGGUAUCUUUAAAAAAGCUAUGUUUGUUUGCAUGAAAUAAAGAUAAUUUUAAAUUAUCAUGUGUUAGUAAUAAGUUGUCGUUUUUCUUUUCGGUCAAUAAGCAAUUAUAUUGCAUAAGAAUGUCCUAGUCCUUAAUGUUGUCUUGAUGACUUGGUUUCGUGGUUUGGUUUGAUGUUGGAAUUAUUUCCCUUUUAUUGUAAUAUGGGUAUUAUGUUUAAUGGAUAUGAGUCUCUUCUCUUUGUGUUCAA